CAAGCAGCAGAGGGUAUUCCUUUUGUCCAAGGGAAUGGAGAAGAGACCCUUUUGUGGAGGCUGUUGGCGGAGGAGGGUUUUUCCGGGUCAAGGAGGUGGACUGAGGGGCAUUUCACUUGGCUCUGCCAGGACUUGUGCGGAACUUUGAGGAUCGACCGGAAGCUUGAGAUGGUGGCUGCGUGACACUGGGCAAGUUAAUCUCGCGGUGUCCUAGGGCACUGCCAGUAGAGAGGAAAUUGGGAGAGGUGUCACACUCCAGUAUGGCAGAAGAAAAGAAACUAAAGUUAAGCAACACGGUGUUGCCCUCAGAGUCAAUGAAAGUUGUGGCAGAAUCCAUGGGCAUUGCUCAGAUGCCUGAAGAGACCUGCCAGCUAUUAACAGACGAAGUUAGUUAUCGUAUUAAGGAGAUUGCACAGGAUGCCCUGAAAUUUAUGCACAUGGGGAAGCGUCAGAAGCUCACAACCAGUGAUAUAGACUAUGCCCUGAAGUUGAAGAAUGUUGAGCCUCUAUAUGGGUUCCAUGCCCAGGAAUUCAUCCCAUUCCGGUUUGCCUCUGGUGGGGGCCGGGAACUGUAUUUCUAUGAGGAGAAAGAGGUUGAUUUGAGUGACAUCAUUAACACUCCCCUACCCCGCGUCCCCCUUGAUGUCUGCCUCAAAGCUCAUUGGCUGAGUAUUGAGGGUUUUCAGCCAGCUAUCCCAGAGAACCCACCCCCAGCCCCCAAAGAGCAGCAAAAGGCUGAAGCAACAGAGCCCUUGAAGUCUGCAAAGCCAGGACAGGAAGAGGAUGGACCACUGAAAGGCAAAGGUCAAGGAGCUGCAUCAGCUGAUGGUAAAGGAAAAGAAAAGAAAGCUCCACCCCUGCUGGAGGGUGCCCCAUUGAGAGUGAAGCCCCGGAGUAUCCAUGAGUUGUCUGUAGAGCAGCAACUGUACUACAAGGAGAUAACUGAGGCCUGUGUAGGCUCAUGUGAGGCUAAGAGAGCGGAAGCUCUCCAGAGCAUUGCUACAGACCCUGGACUUUAUCAGAUGUUGCCAAGGUUUAGUACUUUCAUCUCUGAGGGGGUACGUGUGAAUGUUGUUCAGAAUAACUUGGCCCUGCUCAUCUACCUGAUGCGAAUGGUGAAGGCUCUGAUGGAUAAUCCAACCCUGUACCUGGAGAAAUACGUACAUGAGUUGAUUCCUGCUGUGAUGACUUGUAUUGUGAGCCGACAGCUGUGUCUUCGACCAGAUGUAGAUAAUCACUGGGCACUCAGGGAUUUUGCAGCUCGCCUAGUAGCUCAGAUAUGUAAACAUUUCAGUACAACUACCAACAACAUCCAGUCCCGGAUCACAAAGACCUUCACUAAGAGCUGGGUAGAUGAGAAGACUCCCUGGACUACACGCUAUGGCUCUAUCGCUGGCCUGGCAGAACUUGGACAUGAUGUGAUUAAAACACUGAUUCUACCACGGCUUCAGCAGGAAGGUGAGCGAAUUCGAAGUGUCCUAGAUGGCCCUGUGCUGAGCAACAUUGACCGGAUUGGAGCUGACCAUGUGCAGAGCCUCCUUUUGAAACAUUGUGCUCCAGUGUUGGCAAAGCUACGGCCACCACCAGAUAAUCAGGAUGCUUUUCGGACAGACUUUGGUUCCCUGGGACCUCUUCUGUGUUCUCAUGUGGUCAAGGCCCGGGCCCAGGCUGCCCUGCAAGCCCAGCAGGUUAACAGGACCACACUGACCAUCACACAGCCCCGGCCUACGCUGACACUCUCCCAAGCCCCCCAGUCAGGCCCUCGAACCACUGGGCUACUGAAGGUUCCUGGUUCCAUUGCAUUACCUGUUCAGACUCUGGUGUCUGCAAGAGCUGCAGCCCCCCCCCAGCCUUCACCACCUCCAACCAAGUUCAUUGUCAUGUCAUCUUCCUCUGGUGCCUCAUCUUCACAGCAGGUCCUGUCUCUUAGCACAGCAGCCCCUGGCUCUGGCUCUACCACCACCUCUCCUGUCACCACCACAGUCCCCAGUGUCCAGCCUAUUGUGAAGUUAGUCUCCACUGCAACAGCAGCCCCUCCUAGCCAAGUUCCCUCAGGGGCAGGCAAUGUCCAGAAAUAUAUUGUUGUAUCUCUUCCACCAUCUGGGGAAGGCAAGGGAGGGCCAGCUUCCCAUGCUUCCCCAGCUCCUCCUCCAUCGUCUUCUUCCCCUUCUCCCCUUGGGUGUGGCUCCCUUUCUGGAGGAAAACAGGAUGUUGGGGAUAGCCCCCCUCCAGCUCCUGGUACCCCUAAGGCCAAUGGUUCUCAUCCCUCUAGUUCCAGCUCUCCUCAGCCUACCCCCUGA